UAGAUUAAAAACAAGAUGCGUGAACUGCCCAUCCGAAGCUGCGUUUACUCUCUAGUGCUGCUGCUGCUGCUGCUCUCGGUGCUUUGCCCCAUGACGGGGGCAUGGCGUUCUUUCAAGGUGAUCCUCACGAGCGUCGAGUUCGAGGCGAAUGCCAAAAUUGUCGACCUCAAAGUGCAGCUGCAUAAUGACUCCGGCGACUCGAGAAUCAGCGUGGACGUCACCACACACGCGGACCUCACGGAUGUCCAGCUGCUGCUCAAUGUGGGCCUAGAGACGGAAAAGCCGGGCAACUUCUCGACUCUGAUCAACCGCACCGUAAACUUCUGCAAGAUGAUGAAGCAGCGUAGCUGGGAUCCCCUGGUGCGGGUCAUUUACGACGAUCUGGUGAAGCACGGCAAUAUUUUCAAGGAGUGCCCCAUCCGGAGCGGCACCUACAGCCUCCACAACUACAAGGUGGACGAAGAGAUGCUGCCCAGCUUCCUUCCCGAAGCGAAUUUCAAGCUGGUACUCUUCAUCCUCAGGCCCAAGAACGAGAUGCUCUCGCGGACCACCAUCUACGGCCGCAUCGACAAGUCCAAGGGAUUCGACAAUCUCAAGAGGUUCAGCCUAGGCUGA